CACAAUUUUGAAUAACAACAGAGUUACUCAAUUUUCGUGUUGUACCACUUUUUAUGGAAAUGAAUUGUUUUCUAAUCAUUUUUGAAUUCAUUUUAGGGAGCGUGUAUAUAAACCAUUUUACGAGACGUUUCUGAACUUGACGGAAUUGUGUUUGACAGCUUGUGUGAGUGAAUCAUAUGUAAACAAACUGUGCCCAAAAAUAAAGUUUUUUCAAGUCGUUUUUUCUGGACUUCUGAGUAAAUAACAUUAAAAAUGGCAUCUGUAGCUGAUAGCUGUCAAGAAAUUGAAGUUAAAAUACAGCUUUCCGAUAUAAUUUUUUACGCUUCUGGAGGCAGCAGAUUGGUUGUAGAGGGUGAGCGAGUGUAUCAAGCAAAUAAUUUGCUUUUAGUAGGUGUACAAGAAGUAUUCAACGAUGGACUGAGUAUAUUUGCAUCCUGUUUGAAGUCUUCCUCGCCGAACUCGGAGCCGCACAAAAUAAUUAUGCGCACGAAACGGGCUUUCGAAGAUUGGAGCAUUCGAUGUUCCUGUAAAGCAGGAAUGGGAAAAUGUAAACAUGCAAUGGCCGUUCUCAACUAUCUCUCACUGCAUUCUUCAGUUCCACUGCUAUCACAAACGGACCUACAGCAAAAAUGGGGAAAAAUAGCGCAGAGAGUAGCAGCCGAUAAAUAUAAAGCUACAAAGGUGAGCGAUUUUUGUUGUUCAGGAAAGGAUCGCCGAUCUACAGAUGUACCCUUAAAGCGUAUUAGUCUAAGUCCUCUUGAAACUACUUCAAUAAGAAAAUCUUUUCUCCAAAAUAUUCCAGAUUGUUCUUUGUACUACGAGGUCUAUGGCAGACCUCAGCAAGCAGAAAAUAGUGAGAAACGCCCUCAACACUCGCGAAUCGUAGAAGAUUUGCUUAAUAUUAGUGCGCAGAGUAACACUAAUCGAAGAUCGUCUUUGGAUUCGAUUAUUUCGGUAGAUGAAUCUUCUGAGAUGAUUGUUUUGAAGAGCUUUUUGGAGAAUUCUCUCUGCAGUGAUAAAUAUUCUACAGCUGAUUACGAGAACAUGCAUUUCAUUGGGCCUUUAGAAGAAAAUUUAGGUGUUUUCUACGAGCUUCAAGUAUGCGUCUCAACUCGUGAAUCGAUUCAGAUAUGCUGCGAUACGAUUGAACAAAGACUUUCCAAAUCCUGGAAAAUUGAACGCAGUCGAAGAAUUACGGCAUCUAACGCUUAUGGUUUGCAUACUUAUUACAGUUCAUUUGACAAACCGAAAGAUUGGCGAAAGAAAAUCAUUAGUGUUGCUGCUUCACAGAAGAUGAGAAACCCGUUGAUUGACCAUGGGGUGAGGUGCGAACCUCUUGCCAUUAAAUCUUACACUCAAGACUUUGGAAAGGUUGUGACAAAGUGCGGUUUUGUUAUACCACCUCAUAUUCCUUGGCUCGGCUGUUCACCUGACGGAAUUGUUUUAGAUGAAAGAAAAAUCAUUGAGGUAAAGUGCCCGUUUGUUGGAAAAAAUCACGUGUUAGCAGACACUCUAGAACAGCUAUCAUAUUUAUCUAAAAACUCAAAAAGACUUAAGAUAAACCAUUCAUAUUACGCCCAAAUUCAACUAAACAUGUUCAUCUUAAAAUGUAAGACCACUGAUUUUAUUAUUUAUUCAGAAUUUGAAGACAAAUGCUCUGUACAAACAAUAAUGUAUGAUGAGAAUUAUUUGCGAAAAAUUCUUGGAUCACUAAAGGAAGUGUACUUUAACGCAUUUUUGAAAUUUUUGUGUACUGCAAUUUCCGUGUCACCGGCAUGUGCCUAA